UCUUGUGCAAAGGUGGAUGCUCGGCUGGUCGCUGCUGCGCAGCUCAGAGGAAACUUGUGCUGUUGAAACUUUGGAAACAUCGUUAAAUGUCUUUCACAUAGCUAAAUAUAUUUAAAGUAUAUGCUGCUCACGAACUGUCCCAAUGUCUGACGAGGGAGAGGAAAGCGACAGCGGCGAGAGAGGGCAUCUCUCAGAGUCUCCCUCCCCGCCUCUGUCCGUUUGUCUUCCCCGAGGAUCUCCUUCCUCUCCGCGGCCCCUCGACCUCUUCUCCUCCGCUUCCCCGCUGCUGGGGGACACAGAUCCGCCCUACCUCGCCUCUCCGGAGUGUCUUCACCCGUCUCCAGAGAAGCGGGAACCCGGGGAGUCCCCACACCUCACACCGCCAAAGUUCCACCUGAGCACCGGGGACGCCGGCUCUCCGUUUCGUUCGCGGCAAAAUGUGCGGAUAGAUGCGGUGUACGACAGCUACGAUGACCCGUUUCCCAAGUGGAGAGGACGAGGAGCGGCGAACGCGGAGCGCUUUCAGCACCGCGGACAGAGACUCCAGCGGGCUCCGGAGCUCUCGGACCACGGGAACCACUACUCUGUUGAGCACAUCGACACCGAGUUCAACUCCGAAACCAGGCAAACGGUGGAAGCCAUGCAUCGCCGGCACACCACACUUAGAGAGAAGGGGCGUCGCCAGGCAGUGCGUGGCCCAGCCUACAUGUUCAAUGAACGUGGCUCCCCCCUCACUGCAGAGGAGGAGCGGUUUUUGGAUGCUGCUGAAUAUGGAAACAUUCCUGUGGUCCGCAAAAUGCUGGAGGAGUCCAAAACCCUUAACUUCAAUUGUGUUGACUACAUGGGCCAGAAUGCUUUGCAACUUGCAGUGGGCAACGAGCACCUAGAAGUGACCGAGCUGCUUCUAAAAAAGGAUGGUUUGGCUAGGAUCGGCGAUGGUCUGCUUUUGGCUAUAUCCAAGGGUUACGUUCGAAUAGUUGAAGCCAUUCUCGGCCACCCUGCUUUUGGCGGAGGUCUCCGGCUGACUUUGAGCCCUUUGGAGCAAGAGAUGCGCGAUGACGACUUUUACGCUUAUGACGAGGACGGAACACGUUUUUCGCACGACGUAACGCCCGUCAUCCUGGCUGCUCAUUGCCAGGAGUAUGAGAUCGUCCACAUCCUUUUGACAAAGGGGGCCCGCAUAGAAAGGCCACAUGACUACUUCUGUAAGUGUUCAGAGUGCAUGGAGAAACAGAAGAUAGACUCGUUCAGUCACUCUCGCUCCAGGAUGAAUGCAUAUAAGGGCCUGGCCAGUGCAGCUUACCUGUCACUCAGCAGUGAAGACCCUGUGCUGACUGCCCUGGAGCUCAGCAAUGAACUGGCAAGACUGGCCAACAUUGAGACAGAGUUUAAAAAUGACUACCGCAAGCUGUCCAUGCAGUGUAAGGACUUUGUGGUGGGUGUGUUGGACCUUUGUCGGAACACAGAGGAAGUUGAGGCCAUACUAAAUGGCGAUGUUGACCAGUGCCCUCCAACCGCUUACAACCGACCCUGUCUCAGCCGUGUGAAACUGGCCAUCAAGUAUGAAGUCAAGAAGUUUGUUGCCCAUCCUAACUGUCAGCAGCAGCUUCUGACUAUCUGGUAUGAGAACCUGCCCGAUCUGAGGCAGCAGUCCGUCGGAGUGAAGUGCUCAACAGUCCUGGGGGUCACUGUAGGUCUCCCCUUCCUGGCUAUCGCCUACUGGAUAAUGCCAUGCAGCAAGAUUGGUCAGAUCCUGCGAAGCCCCUUCAUGAAGUUCGUGGCUCACGCUGUCUCCUUCACCAUCUUCUUGGGUCUGCUGGUUGUCAAUGCCUCCGACCGCUUUGAGGGUGUAAAGAACCUGCCCAAUGAGACCAUCACAGACCACCCGCGACAGGUGUUCAGAGUCAAAACCACCCAGUUCUCCUGGACAGAGAUGUUGAUCAUGAAGUGGGUGUUGGGUAUGAUUUGGUCAGAAUGUAAGGAGAUUUGGAGCGACGGGCCCAGAGAGUACAUCAUGCACCUGUGGAACGUUCUGGACUUUGGCAUGUUGUCCAUCUUUGUGGCAUCCUUCACAGCACGCUUCAUGGCGUUCCUCAAGGCAUCCAAAGCCCAGCAAUAUGUGGACAUGCAUGUACCAGACGAAGACCUCAGCAACGCCUCACUGCCUGAGGAAGUUGCCUACUUCACUUUCGCCAGGAACAAGUGGCGCCCCUCAGACCCCCAGAUCAUCUCAGAAGGCCUGUACGCCAUCGCCGUGGUGCUGAGUUUCUCACGCAUCGCCUAUAUCCUGCCAGCCAACGAGAGCUUCGGCCCACUGCAGAUCUCACUGGGGCGCACAGUCAAAGACAUCUUCAAGUUCAUGGUCAUCUUCAUCAUGGUGUUUGUGGCCUUCAUGAUUGGCAUGUUCAACCUGUAUUCAUACUACCUGGGAGCCAAGUACAAUCCUGCCUUCACCACAGUGGAGGAGAGCUUUAAGACUCUAUUCUGGUCGAUCUUCGGGCUGUCUGAAGUGAUCUCAGUGGUGCUGAAGUAUGACCAUAAGUUCAUAGAGAACAUCGGCUACGUGCUGUACGGGGUCUAUAAUGUCACAAUGGUGGUCGUCCUCCUCAACAUGCUCAUUGCCAUGAUCAACAGCUCAUACCAGGAGAUAGAGGAGGAUGCCGACGUGGAGUGGAAGUUUGCCCGGGCCAAGUUGUGGCUCUCCUAUUUUGAUGAGGGCCGCACCCUGCCCGCCCCCUUCAACCUGGUUCCCAGCCCAAAGUCCUUCUACUACCUGGUCCUCCGCAUCAAGUCCUGUCUGAUCCGCCUCUGCAAAGCCAACAGCCGUCGCCAUAACAACGAGCUGGAGCUGGGCAUGCUCAACUCACAGGCAAAGGAUGAGCACUUCAGGGCUUAUCCACGCCCAGGAGAAGAGUUCAUCCCCAGAAAAUCUAGAAAACACCCGACCAGAUACCAGAAUAUCAUGAAGCGCCUGAUUAAGCGAUAUGUGCUGAAGGCUCAAGUGGACAGAGAGAGCGAUGAAGUCAAUGAAGGCGAGCUGAAGGAGAUCAAGCAAGACAUUUCCAGCCUCCGUUAUGAGCUCCUGGAGGAGAAGUCCCAGGCGGCCGGAGAGCUGGCUCUGCUCAUCCAACAACUUGGCGACAAGUUUGGCAAGAACACCAUGAGACACUGACAGGACUCGCAAGAAGGAGAGCGAGGGGAGGAGGGAGGAAGAUGUGAAAGAGGGUGAAAUCAGGAGGAGGUGGGGGCCAGAAAGCAGGGAUCAGGGUAGGUAUUUUUAAGACCUUGAUAGCGGAAGAGGGAAAAAAAAGGGAGGUGUUUGAGAGACAGACAGGGAAGAAAGUGGAAUGAAAGCUCCACACAGAGUGAAAAUGUGCUACCUUAAGGCAAAUGUGUUUUCUUUAUGCAAUGGCCAAUUAGAGGGGAAUGUGGAGAGAAGAUAGCUGUGACUGCAAGUGAGCAGGAGGUCAGUGGGUCAGAGGUGAAGUUAACUCAGUUGGAGGGGGUUUGUGUCAACAGCUGAAUUCUAAUCAAAGACAGUAUAAUCAGGGAGUGAGAGAGGAGAGGAAGACAGAGGAGGCUGGGUGGGAGAUAGAGGGAGACGAAUGAGGAGAACACAAGCACCAUGAGAUAUGAAGAGGCACCUCAGGGAGACUGAGGCAGUGCAGUGAUGAGGGCCCCCACAUCCACUGCCAAGAGACAUCAGUCUAUCGCCCACUUGGAGGAGAGAGAGAGGGAAACCUAAAGAAGGGAUGACACAGAGGGUGGGUUGGGGAGUGAAGGGGGGACAAAAAAGCAAGAUAUCUGAAAACAAAACUGCCACUGUUAUUCACACCAGAAACACUGGCUUUGCUUCUAUGUCUUCACUUUGUCAGGACAAGCAUAGUGACGCCUGCCGAGAUACUGUACACCCCUUUUUACACCAGGCUAUCUAAUUAAUGCAUUUUCAUCCACAAUGCACAACUUAUGAUCAGGAGACAGAUGAUUCAGGAAAAAGCGGGAAACAAGUCAUUAAAGUUCACUCAAAAAUAUAAAAAUAUAACAUCAUCCUCUCAUUGUAAUGUCAGUCAAAUACCUUUGUAGGUCCAUAUAACACACAGUGUGUUGUAUAGACACGUGGGCUGUCUCCAAGAGAUCUUAUGUUUGUAGAAAUUGACUUUGAGUUCCAAAAGGAGUGGCAGUAACAUUACUCCAGAUGGCAAGUCCUUUUACCUCACUCAGUCUGAGUUAUUCAGAAUUCCAAAUACAAUGUACUAGCACAAGCACAUGCUGCCAGAAAUGUUGCAAGUAUAGCUUACUCAUUGAUAGCAAAUACAGAAAGGAUAUACAAAAACAAAUAGGAAAAGUCAAGGUCGAACAACUUCAAGCCAAUAGACAUGUUAAAUAUAACCUAGAUAGCUGUAGUGGAUAUUCUCCUUUUCAUCGUGCCUUUGCAGCACAAAGUGUCUCCAAGCCACAUGUUGUCUAAAAUAGUAACUAAAAAACGAGUUGUCUAUGAGGAGUUUUGGCUACAGCUGUAAAAUACAGGAGGUCAGUGAUUAUUAGAACCACAUGAAGGCAGAAAAACUCCCCUGUCUAAUCGCUGCAGGGCAGCCAGACGUUUGUCAGAUGAGAAAAUGUACGAUAUAGAAAUAUGCGAUCUGAGACUUUUGGAACAACAGUGCAGUUAUUUGGCUAUAAAACAUUGGGAUUCUGCUGAAGAAGCUGUGUGGAGUAAUUUUAUGGCCUUGUUUUUCUUUUGGAAACUUAUUUGACAUAUUGCUGCACUAGCUCACUGGCUGUGUUAGACUUUAGCAGUUAUUCGACUGACACGAGGACGAGGAGAACUGAGGAGAUGAACUGUUGCUUUAACUAGAAUAAAACGUGAUCCUAAUAAUAAUGCAGAGUUUGAUAAACUGUUAAUUUUCCCCAUUAGAAGUGAGAUCUUUUUUUAUUGUGCUAAAUGGAAAAAUGUAUCUACAACAAACAAUAUAAAGAUGUAGAUACAAAUAGGGUGCUACAGAUUAUGUUGACCUGUGGGAUUAGCCACUGUAUCUGUCCUUCAUGUAACAGCAGCCUAUUUUUGGAUUUUGACAAAAAAAAAAGCCAUCAUCCAUUAUUUAUAUUCUGCCCAACUCACCAUCCUGAACACAGUCACAAUUCAGCAACUUGAACAAGAUUCUCUCAGAUUAUUAUAGUUCCAGUUUGAAUGUUUCAGUAAUUUCUAAAAUCCUCUCACUCAAAACAGCAGCAUUCAAUGUUCACACAACACGGGUCUGCAUGUAUUUAUUUAUCCACAGAUUGAAUUGGUUCCUACUCUGCUGUGGAUUCAGAUAAUCAUAACACAUUGUACAAUCCCUUCCAUCCCUUUCAAAAAACAAAAUAAUAUCAAGCUAAAACACCACAAUUCUAUUAUUCUAUUAUUGUGUGGAUGCUAUCAAAUGUCAUUAGCCAUGUGAGUAAUAUUCAGCAAGGGCCUACUCCACCAAUUAACCCAUUUAUAUGACUGCCCUUAUACAUCAAAACAAUUCCGAUUGUUCAUCUUUAUUCAUUAGAGUAAAACUUCAACUUGCAAGACUGUGAGUUGAGUUAUUUCCAUAAGAAAAUGUACCUAUAUUUGAAUCCGUACAGGUAGUUUUUAAAAUGUUAAAAGCCUAAACUCAUUAGUUGGUGUAGUAGGCCCAAGCACACUUCUUAGCACCAUUAAAGUUGAGGGGUAAUUAACCAGGCUUUAAACAUAAUUCAAAAUAUUUUUUUUUUUUUAGAGAUACGAAGUUUAUAAUCUUUAGUGACUGAAUUCUAUUUCAGAUAGGCAAAUGUUGUUAGAGUCAAGUUAUGGUUUAAAUAGUGAGAUUUAAACUUGUGUGUUUAUUUAUUUGUACUGUGUGUGUCAGAGAGUGAGAGAGCAGCUAAUUCUUUUCUGUGUGCAGAACCAAGCUUAUAAUAAAAAGAACACAGUUUUAUGAUUCCCACCUCCUGAAAGACAAAAUUACCUGAAAUACUGUAUUUUUAACUUGUACGCAAGAAAUCUUGAUUAAAGCAAAAUCUUGUACUGUAUAUUGUCAUAUUUUUGAUCCUUGAAUUAAAGUGAGCAAGCUCUAAA